AUGGAUAACCGAAACGAAUUCAUUACAGCUUACUAUGGCAACCAGAGAUGGAGUACCAGCAAUGAUGGGAAAGAAAAAGGGACCUUUCUUUCUUUCUUUCUUUCGUUUUCUUUCUUUCUUUGUUUUUUCUAUCUAUCUAUCUAUCUAUCUAUCUAUCUAUCUAUCUAUCUAUCUAUCCUUUUUUUUCUUUUUUCUAUCUAUGUAUCUUUCUCAUUUUUUCUUUCCUUUUUCUAUCUAUUUUUCUUUCUUUCUUUCAUUAUUUCUGCUAUAUUUCUGCCUUUCUUUCUUUCUAUCUUUUUUCUUUCUUUCUUUCUUUCUUUCUUGCGGUUAUUUGGAUGUCUGUAUCUCUCGGUUUUCUUUCUUUCUUUCUUUCUUUCUUUCUUUCUUUCUUUCUUUACAUCGUGCUUUUUUAAUCUUUCUUUCUUUCUUUCUUUCCUUCUUUCUUUCUUGCGCUUAUUUGGAUGUCUGUAUCUCUCGGUUUUCUUUCUUUCUUUGUGUCUUUCUUUCUUUCUUUCUUUCUUUACACCGUGCUUUUUUAAUCUUUCUUUCUUUCUUUCUUUCCUUCUUUCUUUCUUGCGCUUAUUUGGAUGUCUGUAUCUCUCGGUUUUCUUUCUUUCUUUGUGUCUUUCUUUCUUUCUGUCUUUCUUUCAUCCUUUCUUUUUUCUGUUUCUUUUUUCUUUCUUUCUUUCUUUCUUGCGCUUAUUUGGAUGUGUGUAUCUCUCGGUUUUCUGUCUUUCUUUCUUUCUUUUUUUCUUUCUUUCUUUCUUGCCCUUAUUUGGAUGUCUGUAUCUCUCGUUUUUUUUUUCUUUAUUUUGUAUCUUAGUUUGUCUUUCUCUCUUUCUUUCUUUCUUUGCGACCCACAAGAAAACAAGUGGCCUCUUUACGGGACGUCUUACCCAACUGCAGAGCUGCACUCAGCUUUGCGGGGUUCUUUUUUUUUUUUCUUGGUUUGAUUUAACUGUCAGCUUCUUUCUUUCUUUUUUUUUCUUUCUUUUCUUUCUUUCUUUUUUCUUUCUUUCUUUCGUCCAAGUUUUCUGUCUUUCUUUCUUUCUUUCUUCCACUAAACCAUUCUUUCUUUCUUUAUUUCUUCCAGCAAAUCAUUCUUUCUUUCUAUCUUUCUUUCUUUCUUUCAUUAGUCCAAGUUUUCUGUCUUUCUUUAUUUCCUUCUCCCGGUAUAUCAUUCAUCCUUUCUUUCUUUCUUUCUUUCUUUCUUGCACUUAUUUGGAUGUCUGUUUCUCUCAUUUUUUUCUUUCUUUUUUGUCUCAGGUUUGCUGCCUUUCUUUUUUUUUCUUUCUUGUUUGUUUGUUUGUUUGUUUCUUUCUUUCUUUCUUCCUGCUUCUUUCCUUUUUUCUUUCUUUCUUUCUUUCUUUCUUUUUUUCUUUCUUUCGUUCUUUCUUUGUUCUGACUCUUCUUUCUUUCUUUCUUUCUUUCUUUCUUUCUUUCUUUCUUACUUUCAGUAAAUCAUUCUUUCUUUCUUUCUUUCUUCCAUCCUUUCUUUCUUUCUUUCUUUCUUUCUUUCUUUCUUUCUUUCUUCCAGUAAAUCAUUCUUUCUUUCUUUCUUUCUUUUUUUCUUUCUUACUUUCUUUCUUUCUUCCAGUAAAUCAUUCUUUCUUCCUUCCUUCCAUCCUUUCUUUCUUUCUUCCUUUCUUUCUUCCAUCCUUUCUUUCUUUCUUUCUUUCUUCCAGUAAAUCAUUCUUUCUUUCUUUCUUUCUUACUUUCUUUCUUUCUUACUUUCUUUCUUCCAGUAAAUCAUUCUUUCUUCCUUCCUUCCAUCCUUUCUUUCUUUCUUUCUUUCUUUCUUUCUUUCUUUCUUCCAUACAUCAAAGACUUGCCUCUGAGCCAAGUUUGCUAUCUCGUAUCUUCCGACAUUUUCCUUCUUGCAACUAA